UUAGUGUGCAUAUAUAGACUAUCAUCAAGUGACACUAUAUAUACAUACAACUACCCCUCAAAAGAUCAAAUUAUUUGAAAUUGUUCUAAAGAACUUAGAAAAUGGGUUCUCUAAUGGCAGGUUGGGGAUCACAUGUUCAUGAUCUUCAAUAUGAGAGGAAUAGGUCACUAACCAAAGAAGAGAUCGCUAGUUUUUGGAGAUUGAAGAAGAUGGAAGAGGAAGAACUUUUCUUUCUUAAAGCUUCUCAUAGACUCUCAAAGGAAGAUAAGAGUGAGCCUCUUUCUCCAAGUCUUGUAAAGGAAGAAGAUAGUAUGGAACCACUUCUAAAGAAACAUGGCUGGUGGAUUAGUAGCAAGUGGGCUUUUUUGAAUGAACCACCAAACAUGUCAUGGAAAGCAACAUCCAAUUAUGUUGCACAAUUUCACAUUGCUACUAAACACAUUGAUACCUUUGAUCUCCAGCCAGCUUCUAAAGGCAUUACUGCUUAAAGACCACAAUAUUUAUAAAAAAAAUUGUUGGUUUGUUACAUUAAGUCAUUAUCUUAUUUAUAUAACGAUGAUAUCAUAGUCCAAAACUGGAAUUUGUAAUAUCGUUGUAAACGUGUAAAUUGUGUGUGUUUGGGUCUUGAAGUGUACAUUUAUUAAACGUAUCAUGUCGUUUUAUAUAUGUUAUGGUGUUUUGUAUAGUA